AUGACUUUUUAUUGUGGGCUCUCUUUGAAGCCAAUUUAUGGGUACAGUAGUCCAGAACCUCUUCCAUCAGUUUUUGUGAAAGAAGCAGAAGUUUUUUGUCCAGAAGAUAGAGAGGUUAACCUUUGUAAUUUAGCAACCAGUUUGGGAGUCUUUGAGCAAUCUAGACAACCAGAGGUUCAAGCUCAGUGGAUAGCAGUUGAAGGUGUUGUAAAGACAGGACCUACAAAUGGACCUUCAGCCAGUAAAAAAAAUGGUGGAAACACAUCUUCUUUCAAUGAUUUAAUGGGAUACUAUGACCAAGUAACAAAAGCGAUUCUUGGAAGUGAUGAAGACCUUUUAAAGCUGGCAAUAGAUGACAUAAGAAGGAAUGCAAGAAUUGCUCCACUGUUACCCUACUUGGUUAACUUUGUUUGUAUUGGUGUCAAGAAAUUAAGCCAUGAUCUUAUUCAGCUGAGUAAGCUUUUACACACGGUCCGUGCCUUGGUCAGUAACCAUUCUUUAUAUUUGGGCCCAAAGCCAUAUCUUCAUCUGCUAGUGGAGGCAGUGUUGUAUUGUAUUUUAGAACCUCUAGCUGCAUCUAUCAAUCCAAUCAAUGAUCACUGGACUCUUAGGGACACUGCAGCCCAGUUACUAGCUCGAAUCAUAAGAGAGUGGUCUACACCUGUAAAUAACUUGAAAGAUGAAGUACUAUCAACCUUAGAAGAUUCCUUCAAGGACUUGACAAAACCUUUUUGUUCUCACUAUGGAGCAGUAGUAGCUGUUGCUGCUCUUGGUAUUAAGUCAAUAAGAGAGAGAAUCUAUCCACAUCUGGCAUACUAUUGGCCUCACCUUACAACUGCUUUAGAAGAUUGUACAUAUAUCAGUGCCCAAGUCAAAGCUGAUGCUCAGAAAGUUCACGGGACACUAUUGGGUGUAUCAGAAUUGAUCUUGCUUGAUCAGAGAAGAAAAUUCCUGGAUGAAAGCAACAGAAAUCCAUCACUUCUAGAUCUAAAUGAAGAAAGUUCUUUGGAGUUUACACAAGACGACAUGUUAAGGGAUAAUCAUAACUCAGAAAUACACCAAACCCCCACAAAAUCAAAGCAUUCAUUAGAUAUUAAGCAAGAGCCUGAGGAUGUAAAGAUUUCAGAAUACAAAAAUUGUACAGCUACCUCUUUGUUUGCCAUGUAUUCAGAAUUGUAUGAAUAUUUUGGUGAUUCUCUGGCUAUACGUCUUCCUAUCAUUGCAAUGGAUGGAAUUUACCAAGAAAAGCAUGUUCCUGAAGUCAGUGUUUUUUCCACCUCAGAGUUGCUUCAGAGUGGAGAAGAAAUGUUAGAAACAUUUUAUGAAAAGGACGAGGAGAUGAGAAGCAAUAAUAGCAUAGAAGAUGACAACUCAUAUGAUGAUAGAGAUUACAACUCUGCCAUGAGUGAUGAUCAUGAAGCAGAUCCAGUAGAUCUCCAGAUUAAAAGCACUAUCAGUGAUCCUACACUUGGUAUCAAACUUACAAUUGCUAAGCUUCGUAGAAAUAAGCCUGUUAAAGAAGAGCCAAAAACUAAGCUUAAAAAGAUAACUAUAAGAACCUCAAAAGAACCUCCACAACAGGAACCAGUUUUUGAUUACACACCACUUACUAUAUCAGAUCCUUUCAUUGAGUUUUGUUUUGAAGGGAGUUCUCCUGUUCCUAAGAACCAGCUGAAGAGAAAAAGAUUGCAGAAUCCUGAUAAUGCAGGCUUUACCUCCUCAGCAAAUGUGUUAAAAAUGAAAUUGAAAGGAAAAAUGAAGAAACCUUGCAUAAAAAAUACAAAGAGAAGAGUUUAUAGUACUGGAAAUCUGGAAAUAUCUUUGUAAAUUAAGAUAGGUUUCUUCAUCAGUUUGAGAUUUGUUUUUAAUAUGUGUAAAUAACUCCAAAUGUUUCUUCAUGACCCAUACAAAUGAUUUUUAAUUACUUUAAAGAUUACGUUGGAGUUUGGAAGCAAGGCAGAGAUGGUAAAAACAUGCCUUGAUGUAUAGUGUGCAUAAGAUAAAUUUUGCUGAAUGUCUAACAAGGUGUAAUACAUUUCUUUUAAUUUUGAUACAGUAAUUAUUGAUGUUAUUAAUAUACAUUUCAGUUAUUUAAUGAUUCUUAGUUAGUUAAAUAUAGAAUAGCAAUUUUCAAAGUAUUGAAAAAUGUAUUCUUGCCACAGGAAUGGUACCAACUAUGGAAACUAACUUUUAGUGUUAAAAAGUUUUCAUCAUUCAUAUCAUUUCUAACUCCAUAUAAUAUUGGUCUUGACUUUUGUAAUCCACAUAUAUAUCUGUUAUGAAAUCUUCUGGACAUGUUUCAUUAAUAGGAAAGUAUAUACAAUAUUGGUAUAUUCUCACAUUACUUCUAGCAGCUACAAACAACAUUGAAGAUAAACACAACUGGUACAUAUAUCAUCACUUUUGGUUCGUUAAUUUCUCUAUAAAAGAUUUUAAGAGUACCACACUCCCGUAAUAUAAACUUUUAAAAUCAAACAAUGAUUGAAGCUUUGACAAAAUUCAGAUCUCCUAUACCCUUUUCUUAAUUUUAUCUAUUACCACCAGGAGUGUACAGUAACUGUGAUAAAUAAUAAGGUGAAUUGUAUUUGAUAAUAUUCACAAACUCUAAAAAUGACUUUUUUAAUAAUUUGCUACAAAGGGAUUGUUUUUUUCUCGUUUAUUAGGCAGAUUAAUGGUCUUCUAUUUCAGAUGGAGUAUUUUUCUUUACUGACACAGUAUACUUCACAUUUUGGUAGAAGGUUAUAAAAAUUACAUAGCUUAAAUUGCUACAUAACUAAAAAAGAAGUCAAGGUGUUUAUGUAUUGUAAAAGUGCAGAGAAAAUUGUAUGUGUAAAAUUCUCAUGAUCAAUAUACUAGUGAAUUUCAGAAGUCACUAGUACGCCAUUUUCAGAUUUCUCUAGUUUCAUUAAUGUCACUGACUUUUACACUUUUGUCGUAAUUUCAGAAUUUUAUCAGACACAGCUCACAGUCUCAAUCGUAGACGAAACAGCGUAGCGCAGAAAACGAUAUUACAUAAUAUCAGUGUUUUAGAUUAUUCGGACACCUAAAUGCCUGUAAAUAUCUUAUUUUUUCCAACUAUCAAAAUCAGACAUUUUUAUUUCCAUCAAAAUGAAAAAUAGUAAGAUAAAAUUUUGUACAACAUCAACUUGGUAGGAAACCUCAGACCAGCCUCAAGGUAUAUAAUUGUUUUUACUCCUUCUACUAUGCUAUCAUAUCUCUGUCCUUCAGUGACUUAGCGAUAAGCUCGAGGGCUUGUAAUUGUUCGAUCACAACGGCAGACACAACUCAGAUAGCCCUUUGUGUAGCUUUGGGAUAACAUAAACUUACCCAACUUUAUUUUUUAUUUAUGAUUAUAUCUUUAUAAUUUCCAGUACACCUGCUGAUGGUUAUUGUCUUUCUAACAAGUUGAUUGAUUCUCAAACUCGGAUAAACACUUUUCAAAAUAAUUUUCCAUAGUUUUUGUGUUAAUUAUAUGAAACGGUAAAAAAUUUUUGUUGAAAGUUAGAGUGACUUUUUUUUUUAUACGACGUAUGCUUCUGUUACUGCUAGCCCUAAUGAAACCUCAAGAGCGAAACGUUGUGUAUAAUAAAAAAAGGUUAUUAUCUGGAAA